AUUAAAUAUCCCCCCAAAACUACAACUUUCCAUCAAUCCAUGCAAAUUCUUCUUCCAUUUUUUCCAUUCAGUCUCUUUCUCUCAAAACUGGCUGACAAUUUCUUUCAAUGGAAUCAUCAUUUGCAGAAAGCCCAAACUCCAACCACUUCCCAUUCCUCGAUUUAACUCUCUUGUUUCAUGCUUUCACUUGUUUCAACAGCUUUCUCUCAAGAAAUUGUUGGUUUUCCCCGAAAUCCCACCAUGAAAACGGCGGUUCAACGUCAUUAGAUCGUGGGAGAAAUCUGGGUUUUGACUAUUCGAUCGAGGAGAAAGAAGACGGCGUGAGAGUUGAUAGAAAAGACGUGGAGAAAUUGAUGGGAAAUCUGGGGAUCUUUUGCAGCCAAGAAAGCGAGGAACUGAAUGAAUCGUUUGGUUUUAAUGAAGUUUCGAGGGUGUUUGAAGAGGAGGAGCCGAGUUUAGAUGAAUUGAAGGAAGCUUUCGAUGUUUUUGAUGUGAACAAAGAUGGGUUCAUCGACGCAAAGGAAUUGCAGAGAGUUCUCUGUGUUUUGGGAUUGAAAGAAGGCUUGGGGAUUGGAAAUUGCAAGAAGAUGAUUCAGAGAUUUGAUGAAGAUGGCGAUGGUAGAAUAGGGUUUAAGGAAUUUGUAAAAUUCAUGGAGAUCAGUUUUUGCUGAAUCAAUCAAUUCAGUUUUCUUAA